CGCGUGUAUAUCACCAAGGUUUCGAUAUUCACCGGCACUAUUUUCCGUUUUGGUUCCGCCUUCACUCCAGCUGACCGGCCUCGAUUACCCUGUGUUGUCCGACGGACUUUCCGCGGCCGUUAAUUAUAAAUGAUCAAUUAAAAACUGUAUGGUUGACAGCGGCCGCUCGUGUCGGGAAAGCACUCCAUGUUCGUUGACAUUUUCAUCCGGAUAUUUUUUAUUUUAUUUUUUACUGUGGAUGUUAUUUCUUUAGUUCGUGUCUUGGAAUCUCUCUACGGUACCAUAACUAGGCCGCAACCCUAUCCCCGGUGUCACCUACGUGCAUUUAACGUUAACUAGUCAUCGACUGGAGACAACCAUGGGGGACACAGGCAGUGAACGAAGCAAGCCGCCACCACGCUGUUCCUGUGGAUUUUGGGGGUCCAGCAAAACCAUGAACCUUUGUUCCAAAUGUUUUACGGACAUUGAGAAGAAGCAGCCAGGCGAGGACUGUGCCCCAGAGCCUGCCCCCAGCUCAAGCAGCUCAAGCAACAGCCAGUCAGUCAUCUUCUAUAGCGAAUCAAGCAGCAGCAGUAGCCAAUCCCUUUCGUCAGCGCCUGUCAGCUCAGAGGACCCGUUGCCCGGAGACACAGAAGCCACGCCUCUACCUGAACAAGAUGAAGUCUCCAGCACAGACACAGCCCACGGCAUACUAGUAUCCACCCCCACAAAACGGCCCUGCAACUCAGCCUCUGAGUCAGAGAGUGACGCAUCCCCAGAGAAGAGCGCACGGGUGGGCCCCGGUUCUAAGGAGUCGUCAUCUACCAAUGGGGGUCCCAAGCAGAAGAGAAGCCGGCGCUGCCACCGAUGCCAUACCAAACUGGAGCUGGUACAGCAAGAGCUCGGCUCCUGCCGCUGUGGCUAUGUGUUCUGCAUGCUCCACCGGCUGCCCGAGCAGCACGACUGCGUCUUCGACCACCUGGGGCGCGGGCGUGAAGAAGCCAUCCUCAAGAUGGUCAAGCUGGAUCGCAAGGUGGGCCGCUCAUGCCAGCGCAUCGGUGAGGAGUGCACCUGAACCCCCCCCCAACCCCGACGAUGAGAGCGAGGAAGAGGAGACUGCGUCCUAAAUCAUUCAUCUUUAUCCAGAAAUGUGCACUUGUACAGACCCCGUCAUGGAUUUCUUAAAAGUAUAGGAUUGGUGUAAAGCAUUGGUUGCGUUGUUAAAUCAAUGUGAGAAAGUGUGUAAGUGGAGACUUCGGGGAAAUGGUGGCAAAUGGGGACGGAGACAAAUGCUCACUUUAUACUCACUUUUGUCCCCACUGCCACUUUUUGUUGUGACAAUGCUCUUACCUCAAAUAAGCAGACAAAGCACUUCUAGUUUUCGUGCCCCGACAAGGGACUGCUAAAGCCACCUAUCUGUCACUUCCCUGUCUGCCAACCUCAUAAUAAAGACCAGAGCCCCCUCGUGUCAUCACUAUCACAGAGUGGGAUGAAGUUACCCCCUAAACACUGAUCUAAGGUCAGUUUUUAGUUCAGGUCAACCCACUGAUUAAGGGUGUGAUGCAAGGGAGGUUAAGCUGAUCUUAGAUCUGUACCUAAGGAGCACCUACCACCCCAAGACAUCCCUUGAAUCCCUCUCCCUCCACUGUUUUGUGAUUUUGACCUAUGACUUUUGAGCAUGUCACACCCACCACUGCUUCUCAGCCUUAACCCCUCCCAUCUCCAGAUCAGGGACAUCCCUGUUCAGAAAAAACUAAAGCCAUCUGCUGCUUAUUGCAACUGUCCCUAUCAUCAUCACCACCACCUCAGGUUGUGGGAGAAUCCAAUGAGAGGGGUUUACAGGGGGAGAGGCAGGGGGGUUGGACUAUUGCAACUCCCUUCCCCUUACCCCCUCCCUUUCUGACCUGCCUGCUGCUGUUGACACAGCAGCCAUUUUCUGUAUCUUGGGAGAGAGAACUUCCUUUCUAGACAACAGGCACCGAUCGUCCCCUAGUUAGUGGGGUUGGAUUAAAAAUGGAACAGUCUGUCUGUCAGGGAUUUAAUCCAUCUCCCGAGUGAGUUUCAGUCGCUAUGGAGACGGAAAACACACCCCUUGAGAUUUACUUUGGCCAUGAUGUUCAUGCUACUACAGGUGCUGGCCAAGGAUAAACUUCUAAGAUGGACACAAAAGCAAAGAGCUGUCACGAGACCUCUAUAUGUGCCUCUAUCGGAAUCUGGUUCCCCCUGCACACAUGCGCACAUACAUACACAAACACUCUUACAUACAGUUCAGCCCACAUGCGCAGAGCACAAUGACAGCUAAGCAAAAUCAAGUGGUACACAUUGGACUGUGCUGAAUUUGUGGAGAACCUUUUGACAAAGUUCUUCAGUGGGACGCUCAUGGUUGUUCAGGUUUCGCUCGAUAUAACCCAUAAUAUCUUAGCCAUGGACUUAAUUUCCCAUCAGCCCCCACUGUUUGAAAUGUUUCUGCGACGCCUCUGUCUCUCGAUGCCAUCCCCGACCCCUCGGUGGGAUUCUAACUCCCUCUUUCUUUCACAGAUUCUCUUCUUCCUGCCCUUGCCCGUCGCACACCACUGUCUUUCUCCUUUCACUCUCUCCAUUCCGUUUCCAGACAGCAUGUCUUGCUCUCACCCACCUUACUCUCCAUUAAUCCUUCCCUCUUUCAUUCUCAUUUCUCCACAGUAUUGAUUUUCUCGCUUGCUCUCUCUCGCGCGCGCGCACACACACACACGCACACACACGCACACACACACCUCUUCUUGCCAAAGAGCAAACACUGAGUGAGAGGUUGGGGCCUGGCCAUAGGUGGGGCUGUGGGGCUACAAGCAGAGCGGGGAGGAAAAAUGUAAUAGAAAUUGAAUUGUCGUAAAAUAAUAUUGUGUAUCUGAAAGAAAAACCCUUAUUUAACCCUCUUUGUUUUUGAAAUGUUAUUUUACUUACACAUUAGCAUAGUGCUGCAUUUUUUGUUUGACAUUUUAAGAAAAAAUGGAUAAGGGAAUUCUGGAGCCUUCGUUUUCUUUUGUUCCCUUUUGUUGCUAAAAAAUAAAGUAAUAAACUGGAUGAGAG